AUGGCAAGUAAUGAAAGUGAUGUUGCUGCUGACUUCUACGACAUUGACUCGUUGCUAUCUCGUUCGACGAAAGUAGCAUGCACUUAUAGCAGUAAUACUCCACGAGAAGUAUACGAGUUGCUUGGCACAAACGCGCCUCACUACACAGAUGAGAAAGGAUACAAAGUUUUGACACCUUUUUGGUUUGCUCGGGCGCUGGAACCAUUUUGUUCGAUGAGUUCACCCUCCCAAUGGCCUAUAAUACAAAUGUGCGGAAUAUUUUGCUGGCUAAUGCUGCUCAUGCUGAUCUCGAAGCCCUUCCAACCAUAUUACUACGAAAUGGGAAUGCAUUUUUGUCAUUCAGUUAGCGAAGGUGUCAGUCUUGCCUUGGCAGAGUGUUUGCUGAAGGCUUUCGUCCAACGCAUCGGAGGUAUUGUGCUCAGAAUGUAUCGUGGAAAUGAAGCACCUAAGAAAAUAGAUAACCUCGAAAAGAAAUUGUACGAAGAAAGUGUGAAGUGUCGAAAUCGCUUACAUGACUACCUUCGCGCUCAUCAAACGAACAGAACUCGGAAGCGUCGAUUGGAGCGACUGCAGUAG